AUGCCUCGCUCUUUCUUGGUCAAGAAAGUCAAGUUGGACGAUUUUUCCGCGGCUGAACUCGAGAGCUCGUACGGACACAGCCGGAGAGAGGAGCUAAGUCUGCGUUUCCAUCACCACGAUAAAGGCUACGGAUAUCUCAGUCCUUCUCACUAUGACGACGUGGUUGUCAACGACUCCUCUGUCAUCGCUAAAGUCCAAUCCCCCGAACACCCUGCUCUGAUCUACGGACGCAUCGAGGACCCCUACAAUGGCGACAUCCACGGAGACUCCGACCAACCGGACAGCCCCCGAUCGGAAGUUUCGUCAUCGGCCGGCGGGUACAUCAACGGCGAUACGGCGGUCAGCGAAGGUUACACGGUUGACGCGUUUUUCAUCAUGGACGGACGCUCGAGAAGGAAGUCCGGCGGGAGCAGAGGAGCAGCUCAGAGGCACACGUGUAGCGAAUGUGGAAAAACGUACGCCACGUCAUCCAACCUCAGCAGACACAAGCAGACGCACAGAAGCAUAGACAGCAAAAUGGCGAAGAAAUGUCCGACCUGUGGCAAAGUGUACGUGUCCAUGCCGGCGAUGGCGAUGCACUUACUGACCCACGACCUGAAGCACAAAUGCGACGUGUGCGGAAAGGCGUUCAGUCGUCCGUGGUUGCUUCAAGGCCACAUGAGGUCGCAUACUGGGGAGAAACCGUUCGGAUGCGCCCACUGUGGGAAAGCAUUUGCGGAUAGAUCUAACCUCCGCGCGCACAUGCAAACUCACUCCGCCUUCAAACAUUACAAGUGCAAAAGAUGUGACAAGACUUUCGCCCUGAAAAGUUACCUGAACAAGCAUUACGAAUCUGCAUGUUUCAAAGGCGCAUUUUCCCCUAUUAGCAAUCUCAGCGAAUGA